AUGGCUGAACAGCAAUCUCUCUCUCAGAAAGUGAUGGCUGAACAGCAAGCCCUCGCCACAACAGUGAGAAAUUUGGAGCGUCAAAUAGGACAGCUUGCUAAUGCUCAAAAUACUAGACCAGCGGGAGCUCUUCCAAGUGACACUGAAGCCAAUCCUAGGGCGAUCCUUAAUGCUGUGUCAUUGAGAAAAAGGAGACAACUAGAGGAAGUUCUAUCUAAAAAGAGGAAACAGGUGACUUUUAAUGAGAUGCCAGCCACUGUAGAAUCAACAUCAGAGAAAGCCAAGGAGCCAGAGAAGCCGGCUGGAGAGGCUGUGGCUGAGCAAUCCCCACAAUUGGUUGCAAGGCCACCACCUCCAUUCCCUCAAAGACUGCAGAGAUUACGAGAUCAUGCCGCAUAUAAAAAGUUUCUUAAUAUCUUGAAGCAGGUACAAAUUUAUAUUCCAUUGGUUGACAUCUUUCAGAAAGUACCCAAAUAUGCAAAGUACAUCAAGGACAUUGUGGUGAAUAAAAGGAGGCUAACCGAGUUCGAGACUGUGGCACUCACUGAGGAGUGCAGUUCCAGAAUUCAAGGCAAGUUACCUCAGAAACUGAAGGAUCCAGGUAGUUUCACUAUCCAAAUCACAAUUGGUAAACAUACUGUUGGGCGAGCUCUAUGUGACCUUGGAGCAAGCAUCAAUUUGAUGCCGCUAUCUAUAUUCAGACAGUUGGGGUUGGGUGAACCACGCCCAACCACAGUUAUCUUACAGUUAGCUGACCGCUCCCUUGCUCAUCCUGAGGGAGUAAUUGAAGAUGUGCUUGUCCAAGUGGGGUCUUUUAUAUUCCCAGCUGAUUUCAUCAUCCUGGAUUACGAGCCUGAUCAGGAAGUCCCAUUUAUUUUGGGGCAUCCAUUCUUAGCCACGGGCCGAGCUAUUAUGAUGUUUGUGAAGGAAAGAUGA